ACUCGCCAGGACACCGGGUGUCAGUCAGUCUGUGGACCAGAAACAGCGAGCAGGACGCUGACCGCGCUACAGCACAGAGUCCUUUGGAGAGCGGCAGGAGUUCGGUUUGUUCUCCGCGGUGGGAUGGAAUUUGACAGAAUGGAUGAAAACGAUUGGAAAUACCACGGAGAAGGAAACAAGAGCUUGGUGGUCUCCCAUGUUCAGCACUGCAGAGUUUUACGUCUCCUCAAAUAUCCAGCAGAAGAUUCUGAGAACCCUCCACAGACGGCGGAGCAGGCCUUCAGGCAGAUCCAGAACAUCGUGGACUUCAGCUCCAACGUCAUGAGCAGCCUGCUGGGCGGAAAGUUCGUCCACAGUGGGGAAGUUGUCAGACUGCCGCUGGAGUUUGUUCGACAGCUAUCCAUCAAGAUUCAGCAUCAGAGACCCGCCUGGCGCUGUGAUAAAGUCAUGGACAUCUACAGCGGCUGCGCUCUCUGCCUGCCCAACCUCACGUCUCCGACCCUGCACCAGCAAACACCCAGCCCGCCCCUCUGCAUCGAGAUCAAGCCUAAAUGUGGCUUCCUGCCGUCCCCCAAACACGUCAGCAAGGACAUCAAGACCAGAGUGUGUCGCUACUGCAUGCACCAGCACUACAAGGUGGCCAAUGGGAAGUGGAAGAGACGCAGUCUAUACUGUCCUCUGGACCUGUUCUCAGGAAACAGACAGAGGAUGCAUUUCGCCAUCCGGCACCUGAUAGAAGAACCACAGAACAACCUCAAAGUGUUUAAGGGGGGUCAGUGUAUUUACAGCAGUAAAGAGGGCAGCGACGAGUCGCCCGACCUGAACGCUCUGCUGCAUCACCUCAGACCCUACUUCCUGCGUGGAAACAACCGCAUCAAUGGUCACAUUACCACCAAAGCCGUCCUGAACGACUUCAUCCAGGUCCUGGUGAACGCCCUGCUGAGCGCCUCGGGAGGAGAUGGAGGUCAGGUGACGGACAGAGCAGGAGGGGGGCGGAGCUUCUGUGAGGCCAGUCUGUUCAACACUGAGCGAGUUCGGCAUGGAUCUCAGGGUUUACCCACCAACAGCGUUCUGUCCAGGAUCCUUCAGACUCAGAUGUUGGACACUUUGGACAUCGAAGGACUUUAUCCUCUGUACCGCAGACUGGAACAACACCUGCAGGACUUCCCUAAGGACAGGACCCGCCUCCAGAUAGACGGGCCGUACGACCAGAACUUCCUGGAGAAAGUGCAGAAAAGUUCGAUGGAGGACGACGGUUCUGUGGAGUACGCUGCAGCAAAGGUCCAUCAGUACCGGAUCGCCAUGACUGCUAAAGAUUGCUCCAUCAUGGCUGCUCUUGUUCCGGGCGUUGAAGAGGAGAACGAUGAUGAAGACCUCUCUUCUCAGAAGCAUCUCAGGGACUUCAGACCUCAGGCCUUCUCCUCCUCCGUCUCCAUCCUGGAUUUGGAUCCCAAACCGUUGGACAGCAUCCCCCGCCAGCUGCGUCUGGACCAGAAGAUUGUCUCCUGUUACCUGAGGACGGGCGGUGCCUUGCCCAGGGGCUCGCUGCCGCUGCUCCCCAGCAUCAUCCCGACCGCAGAGAGGGAGGACCGAACCCUGCUCUUCCAGCCGGUGUGAACAGAUGGUUCUAUGUGCUGCUGCUCGGAGUAAAGAAGUGGAAACAGAACCUGCUUCUGAAUCCAGAGGGAGGUCCAUUCAGGAUUGGUUCUGAUUCUGUUCACCACAAUCUAACAGCUUCAUUCUGUCACAAGCGUCCAUUCUGACCUCCCCUUGGAUGGAUGCUGCUGUCAUGGCAACAAGCUCUGAUGUCAGAAGUCCUAAGCUGAGUCUGUCUUCAUCAUCAUCAUCAUUAACACUAACAGCCGUGAUACAAACAGUCAGCAGGCGUCUGCUGCAAAGCAUUUCAAGGUCCAAUGUGCUGUUAAAGGGUCAGUUCACCAGAACCAGAAGCAUGGGAACCUCUUGGGUCAGACGGUUCUGGACUCUUCUUGGCCUCAAGAGACUGAAAACUCAGAGAUGAGGAGGACAGACCUACAUGUAGUUUAACGCGUUAUUAAAAAAACUUCAGUAUCGGGUCGAGCCGAGACCGCUGAGGA